UGGGUCGCCACACCAACGACCAACACCUCGGAGCCCGUGGUUUCGCUGCGCUGGGCGCCCAUGGCGACGGGGGGACCUUUGGACUCCGACGGGGAGCAGGACCCGCGGAUCCGCGCGGACCUGGACAAAGAGAUCCAGGCAGCAGAGGAGACGGUGCAGGCGCUGCGCCACUCGCUCUUGAAGGCGGAGCUGCGGCUGAAAGCCCUACGGCAGCGGCGGAACGGCGGCGGAGCGAGUCAUCCGGCAGAAAGCCAGCGCUGCACGGCGCCCAAGGAGGGGCUUUCGUCGAAACUGGUGGGCUUUGGCCAGCUGAAGGGCUUGGGAGAUUGGCUGGCGCAGCAGAGCAACAGCUUGCUUCAACAAGCCGAAGCCGCUGGGGAGCAGGAGGCGCAGCUCCGCACCCGGCGGCGGCAGCAGUUGGAGCGACAGAGCGAGGAGCAGCUGCAGCGGGACGCUGAUGCGGAGAGCGAACGUGUGGUACGGCAGCACGCGCUGGAUUUUCUGGAUCAAACCAAGGAUGACGGUCCGCCAUUGGACGUGCAAAAUGCUUCUGACGUGAACAAGCUCUUUUUUCAGUGGCUGCGAGACUUUCACAGCGAGUACGAUGACGCCUGGUUCGAGCAGAACUUGAUGCGAAUCGAUUUGGCUUUCCGCCACAUCUUCGAGGCAGCACUCCGCGAUUGGCGACCAGCGACCAGCGGUGUCGGCCCACGAUCCACGAAAAGAAGCGGUGUCGGCGUCGAGCGUGUUCGCGUCGCGUGUCGGGCCCGGAGCUCCGGGCCGGGAUGGAGUCCUGGAACUUUCGUGUUGAACCUAGGCAAGUGCAGGAACCGAACUCUACAUGACUUUUCCUGGUGCGUAGCGAAGGGUUCUCGUUGAAGUCUGGGGGUCUAGGAGGGUCUUGCAACCGUUUGAUGCUGUUUUGAGGUGUGCUUUCUGUGCCGUGAGAGGGCAAGGCCACCAUGAUUUGGACCCUCUCACACACACCAGGGUUUUGAGGGGCUCCGAUCACCAUA